AUGUUCAGCAUCAAUUUAAAUGAGUGGUUUGAUGGUUACCCAAAUUUAGAUGGGAUUAAGUUAGAAGAGAGUGAAUUUGAAGAUAUUGAGAGCAUUGUGGAGAUUUGUAAAGAAGCUAGCUUUGAGAGAACCCAUGUUGGCGACCUUGGCGCUAAUGGGUCAGAGCCGGAUUUUGAUGGGUUCAAGUCAAUUGUUGAUGGAUCUGCGCCGGUUGCAAGUGAGUCAGACCGUACGGUGAAGUUGGAAGAAGACGAGUCAAAACCAGAUGUGGAGCUGGGUUUGUCUAUUGAGGAGUCAAAGCCAGAAGAUUUUGACGUGUUCAAGCCAACUAUUUGUGGGUCUGAGCCGGUUCGAGGUGAAUCAGGCUCUACAGUCAAGGUGGAAGAAGAGGAGUUUAAACCCGACGGGAUUUCGAGUUUACCUAUUGAGGAAGUGAUCGGUAAGGUCAGUUUGGAUGAUGGAUUAGAGAGUGGUAGUAGUAGUUCAGAAAGAAAAAUGAAGGUGGAGGCUGUGGAUGGUGUAGAUGAACUUGAAGAAGGUGAGAUACUAGAUAGUGAUGAAGAGGUGGCCGUUGAUGGAACCACCGAUGAGGAGGAGGAGGAGGAGGAAACAGACGAUAUCCUUAGUGCGUUAGAUAUUGAACUUGAGGAAGUUGAUGAUGAGGAUGCUGGUGCUUCAAAAGGUCCCAUCAGGUCUAAGAAUGAAACAGAGGUUCUCCCCCCAGUUCCACCACUGGAUGUUGAACUACAACCCCAUCACCAAAUGCUGCCUGUUGGAGUUAUUUUGUCGAUGGUUGGUACCAAAGUUAUUGUUGAAGGAAGAGAUCGGCACAACCCUUUGAACGAAGGUUCUAUUCUUUGGAUAUCCAUGAACAGAUCUCCACUUGGAUUUGUGGAUGAAAUCUUUGGACCUGUAAAAAACCCAUACUAUAUAGUACGGUAUAAUUCUGAGAGUGAUGUUCCUGCUGGGAUCCAUGAAGGCAUUUCUAUAUCUUUUGUUCCCGAAUUUGCUAAUCAUGUUCUCAACGAUAAGAAUCUUCACAAGAAAGGAUAUGAUGCAUCUGGUGAGAAUGAUGAGGAGUUGUCAGAUGAUCCCGAGUUUUCGGACGAUGAAAAAGAGGCCGAGUACAAGAGGAUGCAAAAAAGGACAAAGAGAGGCAUGAAUAACCAGAGAGUGGGAAACCAGAAAAGCAAUAAGAAGAAAGUUAGAAGUAAGAAUGGAGUGUGGAAAACUGAUAGGAACUCGGCCCAGCAAACAUCAACAACAGCAAUGGGUCAACCUCCACGUAAUCAGAAUCAACAUAAUCUCUCCACAGUCUCGGCAUCUUUGGUCAAUCAUAAUGGUUCAUCGACUGUCGUGGGACAACAAAAUUUUGUUGGUGGAUCCGACUUUGUCCCACCGUUUCCUGUCAUGCCACCGUCUUCUGGUAUUGUUGCACCUUCAAAUGGAGUUUGGAAUAAUGGAAUGCCAGUCCAGCAUUCACAGAAUACAAACUUUCCGAACGUGUUUUCUGCAGAAGGGAUGUCAGUGCUGUCACAGAAUUAUCCACAGCAUCCUAUUCCUUCGCCAAACCCUGCAAUAUCUAUGCCAAACAUGAUGUCAUAUCAGCAGCAGCAAUUUGACCCGAGUUUGAGUACACUAGCCAAUAUGGUCUUACCUAGUGGUCAGUCGAGCUUAUUUGCUGGACCGGCCUCUGCACCUUGGCUCGGAAUUGCUGGUCAAAAUAGCUUUAACCAAAGCCCAUUUGGAAUGGGUAUGCAUGCCCAACAACUCUUUAGUGCAUUACAAGGUAUUGUAACAAAUGGGCCUAGAGUGGAUGGGAACUGUAAUUUGCAACCCAAUGGUGUUCAAGGCAACUUUGAAUCAUCCCAUAACUUUAACAUUGGUGCACCAUCUAGUCGUGGAAGAAAACCUUAUCAUCAAGGCCGUGGACGAGGCGGAAGAGGUCAUCGGCGAUCUUAAGAGAAAUGGGCCUUCCGGUGUUGCUUGAUAUAGGUAAAACCGUAUGUUUG